UCAGGAUGCGUUUCACUGGGUGCUGAAAUCUCCGCUAAUGAUGGUCAAAAACUGACCAGAACAGCUGUCUUACCGAUGUUUUACUGACGUCGUAAUUAUUACGGGUCGCGUUCAGUUUCGUCUCUAUCACCGGUUCAGUUGUCGGCGGGUUGGAUCCUUUGAUUUGAGGAGGAUCAUCUGAAUCGAGGAGCCGUCCUGGGCGUGUUGCUGUAAGGUUAUUCGUGGACAACAGUGCAACAACACAACACACACAGAUUGACACAAGCUUCACAGCUUCGAUCUGCGUGUUUUAUGUACAUGGCCCUUAGUGUGAGAGCACCAUGAGUGGGGAGCCAGAUGCCUUGGCUGUGGUGAAUCAGCUGAGGGACUUAGCUGCUGACCCCCUUAACAGACGAGUUAUUGUUGAAGAUCAAGGCUGCUUGCCAGGCCUCAUUCUCUUUCUUGACCACCCCAAUCCACAAGUCGUCUACUCUGCGCUAUUGGCGGUGCGCUACCUGGCAGAAUGCCGUGCCAACAGGGAGAAGAUGAAGGGCGAGCUAGGCAUGAUGCUGAGUCUGCAGAACGUCAUGCAGAAGAGCACGUCGCCAGGUGAAACGAAGCUGCUGGCCUCUGAGAUCUACGAGAUCCUGCAGAAUGCCAGCAGCCCGGAGGCUGAACAGGCAGAAGCUGCUGCCUCUUGCCGGAAAAAAUCCCAGUUCUUCCUGGGCAGCACGAACAAACGGGCCAAAACUGUGGUGCUUCAGAUCGAUGGGCUUGAUGACUCGGCUAGGAGGAGUCUCUGUGAGGAGGCCCUGCUAAAGAUCAAAGGAGUCAUCAGCUUUACCUUCCAGAUGGCUGUGAAGAGAUGUGUGGUUAGGAUCCGUUCUGACUUGAAGGCAGAGGCCUUGGGAACUGCUAUAGCUUCUACCGAAGUCAUGAAGGCACGACAGGUAGUGAAGGGCGAAGAUGGAUCUGAGAUUGAAAUCCCAUUCCAAGAGGACUCCGAUGUGGUGGUCGAGCAGAACAUGAAUUUGCCAGAUUAUCUGCCCGAGGAUGAGAGCCCAUCUCAGGAGCAGCACAAGGCUGUAACUCGAUUGGGCUCCGUGCAAGAUGGCGUGACCUGGCUGAGCACAGCCGCUAACUUCCUUUCCCGAUCCUUUUACUGGUGACCCUGCAUGCCUCGACCCCUUACAGCCCGCCCUCGAAGCGCAAGACUGCCGAGCACACCUCGCAAUAAACUUAUAACCAAUUUAAAAAUGGCACAACAAGCUGCUUUUAAACAGUACACGGUACAAACUGCUCCGAAGCUCACGUUGCGCUGCAUACACAAAAUACUAAAACGAGAUGGCGAUUGGGAGAAAUUCACAAAGCGUUACAUGUGUAUCCGCUCUUUUUUUUCUUUUUCUUUUUUUUUUUUGGGUUGGGUUCUGUUUCCAAAUGAUAUGCCCCAGGUCUGUUGAGACCAAACAACCUUCAGAGCUUCGUCGCGAGCGGGACGGUUCGUGGUCGUGUGGGCCAUACCUUGAGGUUUUCUAAAUUUGUAUGAAUUUGGGUGCUUUCUGAUGUGUUCUAACCUUUCAUCUCAUACGUUUUGUACAUUUUAAACAUCUUCAUUCUCAUAUUUGAUAAUCCUAAUUUGACGUUAUCAAUCAGCACUUUUCAAAGGAUGCUGUAUUUUUUUGCUGCCUUUUUUCGACCCUCUUUGAAUCCUUAUUGUCUUUUGUGCCUUUACUAUGUAGCUUGUUAUGAUUUUAAUUUUAAAUCCUUUUUUUUUUUUUUUUUCUCCUGCCUUUGACAUAAUCUAUGUUCUUAUCUGUAUUUUAGGUGUAGUGAAAAAUGUGUAGUGAUGGUUUAUUGUUACUCUUUGAAGGGAUAGUUCACCCAAAAAUAAAAAUUCUGUCAUUUACUCCUGUUGCUCCUUACUCGUAUGAAUUUCUGUCUGUUUUCUCUUUCCGAGGAACACAGAAGGAAAUGUUAGGCAGAAUGCCUCUUGUCACAUUUCCCUUUCACUGUAUGGACAAAGAUGGAAUUUAACUGGUGACUGAGGCUACCAGUCCCUAACAUUCUUCCUGUGUUUCACGGAAGAAAAUCAUACAGGUUUGGAACAACAUGAGGGUGAGUAAUGAUUACAGAUUUUUGGUUUUUGUGAACUAUCCCUUUAAACACCAGCAGUGGUUGCUGCUCAUUAAUGAUAAUUAACGGUUAUGCCUCCAGAAAAGGGAAAGCACCUCAAAAUAGCUGUUGCAAUGUGUGCAAUAUCAACCCAUCUUUGUUACAGCAUAUGCCAAGCACCAGAGUACCUUCUUUACAUAAGACAAGCAUGUUGUAAAAUAGAUCAGGUCCUUUAGCAAUUGAUGUUUGAAAAAGUCAUCUUUUUUUGUACCAUUCCUAAGCUUCAUCCAUAGUUUUACUUUAUCAGCAAAGGCAUGCUGAUUAUUUAUCAAAUGUUUUUAUUUUUCUGUGUAUUCGUUACAUCUGUGUGUCUGAAUGUUUUUUCAGGGUUCAUGCAUAUGUUAAUUUUAAGGAUGCGGUUCACCUGCCAAAUGCCUGAUCCUAUCAUCUCUGAUCACCUUUGCAUGACCAUCACCUUUCUUUCGCUCCAACGGUUUCUUUUUAUCAGUUAGUUUAUGAACUGACCUCACGUAUCACGUUUGGGAAGUCUGGUCAGGGAUGUGUGUACUAUCUCCUGUAGCUGAUCUUAUAUAUUUCACAGUUUAACACUGUUUCUGGGUGUAAUGUUGUUUCACCACUUGGUUGCAUUCAAUAUAGUGUGUUCCCAAAAGGAGACCUGCCUACAUCCAUAUCAAAGAACAAGUCUGCAUGAAAACUUAAGACCAAAACUGUAUGUUACAUUUUGUUAUCCCUAAAUUUAAAGGGAUAGAUCACCCAAAAAUGGAAAUUCUGUCAUUAAUUACUCACCCUCAUGUUGUUCCAAACUAUGACUGACAGAAUGACAAUCCCAGUCACCACUUUCACCUGUAUUCUAACAAAUUUGCAUUGAAGUGUUUAAAAAGUCAAACGAGGUUUGGAACAUGUUGGUGAGUAAAUUACAAUUUUUAAUUUUUUAUGAACUAUCCCUUUAACUCUUGUUUAAUUGAUUUGUCAUUCUUGUCAUCAGAUUUUCUCCUUAUGCUGUUAACCAUCAGUGGAUAUUUCAAGGCAUCGAUGUUUGCGUCCUUUUGUAUUUCUCUUUUGAAAUAAUUUGAACAUAUUAGAAAGGCUAUAAAAGAGGCUGUAUGUUUUUUUUAUUAAUCACAUCAUGUUCAGUUUAAUAUAAACUUAUGUGACCGCAUUAAUGUACAGAAUCGAAACAGUGGUUUGCUUUUAGCUGGGUCUAAUAUGAGAGGCCAUCAGUAUUAUAUUUAUGAACAAAAUCCAAAUUGCAUUACGUUUUAGUUUCUGAAUUUUAUUUUCAUCCCUCUUGUACUGUACAUCAUCCUUCAUUGGAGCUUUUUAAGCUAUUCACUGUUACUCCAGAAAGCAGAACCAAAACCAUGGUAGAUUUAGUAGCUUCUCAUGUGGGCCUACAUGCAUAUUUUCUGUUUGAUUAAAAAAAAAAAGUUGUAGGACACAAAAUUCUUGGCUCUUCACAGGAAUUAUAUUGAUUAUUAAAUAGAUAAAAUAAUGUUUUGUGGUGUUUUUCAUCGGAAAUUGCUGGGUAUCAUUAGCCCUGAUUAUUAUUAUAAUUUUUUUUAUUCCAUUAUUUGUGUAUAUUUGAAUUUAUCGAAUUAAUUACAAUUAGCCAAUUA